AUGAGUGUCUAUGAGAAGAGAGAGGAGGAUGUUCACACUUAUAAAGCAGCAUCUCCAGAACCCAGCUGUAUGUCUAUGAAGAGUGAUGCAUCCAUGGGAAUCCCCCUUAAUUUCAGUGAUGGAGCAGUGACCUCUGACCCUGAGUGCUUUUUCUGCUCAUCUCACACUUUCUGCAGAGUGAAGAGAGAUGAUGUGAUCAGAUCAGUGACGCCUUGUCUGACCUGCACUAACUCUGACUGUCAGACCCUCAUCAGACAGAGAGUCAAAGACCAACAUAAAACAAGCAUGAAAAGCAAGUAUGAGAGAUUAUUUGAGGGAAUCAAACUAGAAGAGAAUCAAAACCUCCUGAACAGGAUCUACACACAGCUCUACAUCAUAGAGGGAGAGAGUGAAGGAGUGAAUGAAGAACAUGAGGUUUUACAGAUGGAGAAAACACCCAGAACACAACACACUCCAAUCUACUGCAAUGACAUCUUUAAACCCUUACAUCAACCAGGAUGUGAGGAGAAAGACAAAAUCAAGACUGUUCUUACUAAAGGCAUCGCUGGAAUUGGAAAAACUUUCUCUGUGCAGAAGUUCAUUCUCGACUGGACCGAGGGAAAAGCCAAUCAGGAUGUAGAUUUCAUGUUUGUGCUUCCAUUUCGAGAGCUGAACUUGAUUAAAGAUCACCAGUACAGUCUUCACAGACUUCUGCUGGACUUUCAUCCUGAACUUCAAGAUCUGGACUCAAAGAUUUAUGAAGAGUGUAAAGUUGUGUUCAUCUUUGAUGGUCUGGAUGAAAACAGAAUCACACUGAUGUUUUCAGACGCUCAGAAAAAGGAGGAAUAUUUCAGGAAGAGAAUCAGUGAUGAGCAUCAAGCCAGCAGAAUCAUCUCACAUAUCAGAAGGGCAAGAAGCCUCCACAUCAUGUGCCACAUUCCCGUCUUCUGCUGGAUCUCAGCCACUGUGCUUCAAAACCUAAUGAAACAAGAUGACAGUGCAGAAAUCCCUCAAACUCUGACUGAAAUGUACAUCCACUUCCUGCUGACUCAGAUCAACAUGAGAAAUCAGAAGUAUGAUGACAAAGAUCCAGAGAAACUCUCAAAGUCCAACAGAGAAGUGAUUGUGAAACUUGCUGAACUGGCUUUGAAACAGCUGAUGAAGGGCAAUGUGAUGUUCUAUGAGGAGGACCUGAUUGAGAGCGGCAUAGAUGUCACUGACGCCUCAGUGUAUUCUGGGAUUUGCACUGAGAUCUUUAAGGAGGAAUCUGUUAUUCAUCAGAGGAAAGUCUACUGCUUCAUACAUCUGAGCUUUCAGGAGUUUCUGGCUGCUUUCUUUCUGUUUUAUUCACAUGUAGUUAGGAACUUGGAAUUACUGAAGACAUUUCUGAAAGGAUAUAAGUGGUACAGUCGAGAAAUCGCUCUGUUUGAGCUACUAGAAGGCACAGUUGAUAAAUCCUUACAGAGUGAAAAUGGACACCUGGAUCUUUUCCUGCGGUUCCUGCUGGGCAUCUCACUGGAGUCCAAUCAGAGACUCUUACAUGAUCUACUGACACACACAGUGAACAGCUCAGAGACCAUCAACAGAAUUACACGAUGCAUUAAAGACACAAUCAAUGAUGAUAAAGGUCUCUCAGCUAACAGGUGCAUCAAUCUGUUCCUCUGUCUGCUAGAAAUGAAUGAUCAGACUCUGUACAGAGAGAUUCAGAAUUUUGUGAAAUCAGAGAAUCACUCAGUGAAGAAACUCUCUCCUUCUCACUGCUCAACAAUCGCCUACAUGAUUCAGAUAUCAGAAGAGGUGCUGGAUGAGUUUGAUCUGAAGAAAUACAACACAUCGGAUGAGGGUAGAAGGAGACUGAUACCAGCUGUGCUGAACUGCAGAAAAGCUCUACUUUCUGACUGUAAUCUCACUGAUCAGUGUUGUGAAAGUUUGUCUUCAUCUCUACAAUCAUCAAACUCAUUGAGAGAGCUGGACCUGAGUAACAAUGACCUACAGGAUUCAGGAGUGAAGAUUCUCUCUGAUGGACUGAAGAAUUCACACUGCCAACUCAACAUACUGAGAUUAUCUGGCUGUAUGGUGACAGAGGAAG